GUAACCAAAACAAUAGAGAAAUCCGCAAAAAUGGCCCUUCGCAUGGUGCUCCGUAAAACUUUGGGCCUUAAACAAACGAUACCUUUGGCCAUCUCCAGCCACCGACAAAUACCGAAUCAUGCAAUCCACACACAACCCAUCCGGCUAUCGUCGUUCCGCUCUUCCGAGCCGGUAGGUGAUCUCGCCCAGUUCCCCGAGGUGGAAGUGGUACGUAAUCCGCCCGAGUGGAAGUACGUCGAACGGAUACUAGCACCGCGUACAGUACCACGGCCAACACCAAAGGAAAGCUAUCCCUCCGGAUGGAAACCGACGAAUCCACAGCCGGGACUCAAAUACACGGUGCUGCGCACCAAGAACCACAUGCUGCCAGUUUAUCUGCAACGGGCAUUCCGUGGACAGCGUCGAAUCACCGUCAUCCGGAGGGUAGAAGGAGAUAUUUGGUUACUGGAAGCGGAGCUGCGCUAUCUGAUCGAGAAGCAGCUGAACCGCCCGAUCAUUACGCGCGUUAACGAGAUGACGGGCCAGAUCGCAUUUAAGGGCGACCAUGUGGCCGUUGUGGAAAAGUUUCUGUUAGAUAAAGGCCUGUAGCCGCGUGUGCGGGCCGUUGGUUCGUGGAAUAAACUAGUAUAGCUCCUUAAACAGGCAUUC